AUGUCGUCCACUGCGUUCGAAGAGGGUAUCUCCCAGGAUACCCUGAGGGCGAGAGGGAAGCUGUCAGGGAAGCAGUCCUCUGCGAGUGAGCAGGAAGAUGUGUCCAAAACACGCUCUGCCGCGGGGAGAAGCCCGCUGCUGCUGCUCGAGGCUGUCGCUAUGCCGAUCUUGUUCACGCUGCUCGGUACUUUUGUCAGAAUGUACAGAAUUGGCGCCAAUAACCACGUCGUGUGGGAUGAAGCGCAUUUCGGUAAGUUCGGGUCGUACUACCUGAGACACGAGUUUUACCAUGAUGUUCACCCACCUUUGGGGAAGAUGCUUGUCGGUUUGUCCGGUUACAUUGCCGGCUACAACGGGUCGUGGGAUUUCCCCUCGGGACAAGAGUACCCGGAGUACAUUGACUACGUUAAGAUGAGAAUAUUCAACGCGGCGUUCUCCGCUCUGUGUGUCCCCGUCUCGUACUUCACAGCGAAGGCGAUCGGGUUUUCGCUGCCAGUGGUAUGGUUAUUCACUGCGCUCGUGUGCUUCGAACCGAGCUACUUGACCCUGGGAAGGUUCAUCCUACUGGACUCGAUGCUUUUGUUCUUCACCGUCGCCAGUUUCUACUGUUUCGUCAUGUUCCAUAACCAGAGGAAACAACCCUUCACCAGAAAAUGGUACAAGUGGCUCGGGUUGACAGGGAUCUCCAUGGGGUGCGCAAUCUCCGUCAAGAUGGUAGGCCUGUUCAUCAUCACGCUGGUCGGAAUGUACACCGUGGCUGACCUUUGGAACCUCUUGGGCGAAAAGAAAAUGACUUGGAAGAAGUAUGGUGCACACUGGCUAGCCAGAAUUGUCGGACUGAUCGUCUUCCCCACGGCCGUGUUUUUGAUCUGCUUCAAGAUCCAUUUCAUCCUUUUGUCACACACCGGUACGGGGGACGCCAACAUGCCCUCCCUGUUCCAGGCUAACUUGAUCGGCACCAACGUCGGCGAGGGUCCUCGUGACAUCUCCCUCGGCUCCUCCACAAUCUCCAUUAAAAACCAGGCUUUAGGUGGCGCUUUGCUACACUCUCACGUACAAACAUACCCAGAAGGUUCGACACAACAACAAGUUACCUGUUACUCUUACAGCGACGCGAACAACGAUUGGAUAUUCCAACGUACGAGAGACUUGCCCGCUUGGAAUAACGAGGAAACUGACAUCGAGUACGUACAGAACGAACAGACUUACAGACUGGUCCACAAGAACACGGGUAAGAACCUGCACACCCACCCUGUCUCAGCUCCAGUGAGCAAGAACGACUACGAGGUGUCCGCGUACGGGACCGAUGAGAUCGGUGACCCAUUCGAUUACUGGGUCAUUGAAAUCAUGGACCAAGUCGGUGAUGAGGAUAAGAACAAACUCCACCCGUUGACCACCUCCUUCCGUAUCAGAAGCAAAGAGAUUGGCUGCUACUUGGCCCAAACGGGGUCCAGUCUACCGGAAUGGGGGUUCAGACAGUCCGAAGUCGCCUGUGUGAAGAACCCAUUCAGAAGGGACAAACGGACAUGGUGGAACAUUGAAACAAACGAAAAUGAUAUCCUACCACCAAGACCAGAAAACUUCGAGUACCCACGCACUGGGUUCCUGAAGGAUUUCGUUCAUUUGAACUUGGCCAUGAUGGCAACAAACAACGCUUUGAUCCCUGAUGAGGAAAAGUUCGACCAUUUGGCCUCUUCUGCUUGGCAAUGGCCCACUUUGAACAUCGGUUUGAGACUGUGUGGCUGGGAUGACGAUUUUGUCAAGUACUACUUGUUGGGUUUGCCGUUCUCAACAUGGCCGUCCACUGUGGCCGUGCUCGCCAUGAUGGUCACCGUGGUUGUUCUGUUUUUAAGAUGGAUGAGACAGUUACCGGUCUUCCACACAAACGACGACGAAAACGUGUUUUUGAUGGGUGGGUUGUACCCAUUGCUGGCAUGGGGAUUACAUUACGUGCCCUUCGUUAUCAUGUCGAGAGUCACUUACGUCCACCACUACUUGCCCGCGCUGUACUUUGCCCUUAUCAUCCUCGCUUACUAUUUCGAUGUCCUAUUGAAGGCUCAUGUCCAGUGCGUGGCAAGAAUCCCCUCGAAAUUGAGAGUGGCCAUCUACGUCUCUUACUUUGUCAUCUUUUUGGCUGGGUUCUACUGGUUCUCUCCAAUCUCAUUUGGUAUGGACGGUCCAAACUCGAACUACGCCUAUUUGAACUGGUUACCUAAAUGGUCUAUUGCAGACUCUGAUAUUGUGUAUUGA